AUGUGGACUUCCUUCUUCUACAUGCUGCAGUUGCUGACUGUACCCAGAAACAAGAUGUGGAUUGCGUCCGAGUGCAAAGGAUCGCUGUGCAUUUCUGAAUGCAUACAGUUUGAACACAAUCUUAAAACAGAUGAGAGCAAAUGGAGAGAACUCAACGAAAAGGAGCCACAAGGGAUGCAGGGGCUUCCGGGCAAUGCUGCUGGCACCAAGGUAAAACGUCCAUACCCCCUGAACAAACAGCUCGUAAGGCGGAGGUAUGUUUCGACCUUCUCUGUCAUCAGCGGCGACUACUGUGCUGGUGUUGAUUACAACAAUCUGAACAAGGAAUGCCCAUAUCACUGUAGCCAGCGAUUGAAAUCCUCCAUCGCAUGUAGCAACAAGGCCACCAUGAAAGUACUUGGCAACAUUGCUGUAAUUGUUGGACUCGCUGUCAGUGCUGGACACAACAUAGGAGAGGAUGGGCAAGAAGAGCGUGGUGGCUCCGAGGAAGACGAAGCGGGUGAAGGGGUGAUGACGGUAGCGCUGGCCGUAGGCGCCCAUGGCGACUAUGACCCCAGCCAGCACGACAUCGGUUAA